GUGGACUCAGUGCGGGUUUCGAGUUGGUUCGCGUAGCACAUGCGCUGAUCGUAUGCGGUCGGUUGUGCCAGUGUAGAGUAUUUCACGCGCGCGCGCUUCGAAGUGAAAGACACCAACAACAGCAAAUCGACCGGUGAACACCUGUUUCGCGUCCCGUAAGAACUUUUUUUUGGGUUGGAACCAUUGAGAAAUGAGUGAUACUUCAGUCUGGUGCCUUGGGGAAGAUCGAUUUUUGGAAGAAAUUUUCAUGACAGUAUGAACAGAAAAAAGUGAGUGAGUGUGUAUUUGGAACGGACUCCUCAAUUGGGAAGAUUUUGACGCCCCCACCCUAAUCACUUAUUCUGGAACGCGCGUGCUAGUGCUUGAAUGAAAUAUGAAGAUUAGUUUUGGCGAUAGGCCACGCAGAGAAACAAAAAAAAAACUACGACGCAGGCAGGAAAAAAAUAAGUGUGCGAUUCACUGUCUUUGAAAGUAUGGUUUUUAGCAUCCAGCUGUAAUGAAGAGGGUGCUUUGGUCGCCUACUUUGAUAAGCUUCUUUUUCAGUUCCAGUUUGAAUGACUUGGAUUUGUGCUGCGUUUUGUUCGAAAGGCGUUCGUUCGGACCCGCGUAGUAGCGACGUUAGAAGGCGUUUAUAAUGUUUUAUUGUUGUUAUUUCGAUUUGGAAGUUUGAUGGUUGUGUCGUAACAGUGACCGGUAAGAGUGUGAUGACGGAGAAGAGACCGUUUGUUUGGAGAAUAACAAAUUGAAGAAUAUGUGAUUAAUUUUGUAACUUUCUGAGUGGAUCAUUGGUUGAGUUCAGAUGUAAUAAAAGAGGUUCUUUAUUCAAGCUACCUUGGACGACUACUGGCUUACAAUAUUGGACUAAGUUUGCGAUUGACACAUGGCGGGUUUUUUUUCGAGUCUUCGUAGAGCGGAAAUAUUGAAUGGCUGAAUGUACGUUUAAUUGAAUAAUGACACCGAAGCUAAAUAAGAGCGGAUUGUAACAACAACAACCAGAGCAGCAACAAUCUGUGGAUUUAGUUAAAGUGCGGACCACGACGGCGUUGGCUCAAUCAUGCUGAUCCUCAUGACCAGUGGAGAGAACGGACGAUUAUUAUUAUAGCGAUGAACAGUACCGCCGUCGUCAGCCGGUUAAACAGUGCCCUGGCCAGUCAUGCGUCGACCGCGGCGACUGUGCCGACAAAGGGUACCGAGGGGCCACCAACUGGCGCGAUGUUUUCCAAUUCCAAAGAGUGCUGGGUGCUGCCUAGCAACCAUCCGCUUAUGAUUCAUCGGAUCAGCGGCGAGGUGGACGUUAGUGACGAAGACGACGAACAGACCUCACAAAGUGGGGACGAGUCCUGCGGGACGGCUAGUGAUUAUUCGGCAGAGGAGAUUCCGGUAUGGAUCAAGGGAGAGCAAAGGUUUAUCUCGGGUGUGACGGACGAGACUACGUGUGGAGAUCUCGUUGAGGCGCUGAUACAGCAGGAUAAUUUGGCCUCCGAAUCAGCGACUGGGCCCGAGCCAAAGGAAUACUGCAUCACCGAACGGUGGCGGCAGGUGGAACAGAUUCUGGACAAUAAGACCAAAAUAUGGCAAAUUUGGUCAGCUUGGGGUAAAGCACAGCCGGAGGUUAAAUUUAUUCUCCGUCGGGUAGAUGGAUCUCACGGAUUGGCCGUGGCUUCGACAUCUGCCGCUGGCAUUGGCUGCUUAGGUGGUGGUGUCGAGCGUGACAAAGACAGCGGCCGUGGAAGCCCCACGGGGAGUAUCAAUAGUGCAAUAGUGCGGAGGAAGCGACACCGGGCGCAAAAAUCUUCCUUCGCGUGGAUGACUCAUGGGGCCACGAUUCAUCCCAAAUCGUCGAAAAAUUCGAUCGAGCGCCUCAUGAAGCUGAUUCUCGAACAGGGGGACAUCAUCCAGCAGCAGCUGUCCAAGCUGAGGGACCGCGAGAUUCAAAUCAGCAAAAUCGAAGAGGACCGCCACCGAGUGCGGGAGCGCGAGCAUGGCAAAAACUACCUCUUGGAGACGUACCUGAAGGGACUGACGGAAGCGUCCGAGUUGGACCCAACCGUGGCCGAUAGUGGAAUCACUUCCGAGGCAACGACAGCUGCAUCCCCGGAGGUGGAAUCGAGUCGGGAUGCCGACUCACCGGAUACCUCCUCGGGCGAGAAGAGCACCGAUGUUAAAGAUCAGAUCAAGAUGCUGGAGAAGAUCGUACAGCUUAACAAGCAGAUUGUGAAAGAGGAGGAAACGGCGGUGAAACUGUUCGAUCGAAUAAGACGCUACCAGAUGGACAUACCGAAUCAAACGCCGGAUCAAGUCGAGGAAAAUUUGAAUAAGGUUAAUACAAGCAUCGAGAAAAGUCAGAGUGAGUUGAAAAUGAUUGAUGAAACUCUCAAGAAUUCGGAUAUUGUCCUGAAAGAGAAAACCUCUCUGCUGAAGUGUCUUCAGGAAGAACUGGAAGCAGCUGAAUUGCAAUCAAACGUUAUCAUGGACUUUUCCAUGCCAAAUCCAGUGCUCAGCAUCAGUAGAGUUAGUCCAUUGAUUGCAGAAGCCUCGGGUGGCCAUGCAUCAAUCAAACAAACAACCGACGAUAGUUACCCAAUGUUUGCAAACAACAACGAUCAACCAAGUAGGCCUGAAAUCAAUCAAAAUGCCCACACGUUGCCCCGAAGCCAACGGUUUCCAGUGACAGCUCAAAGCACCAUUCCAGUGAUCUCCGUCCAUCAGAUUAACAAAUUUAUCCAAUCGACCAGCAAACUGGGCAACAAUUGCAACACAAUGCUGGACGAUAAAGCCUGUCCGAAGCAGUUAUUCAAUUCGGCACUUUGCUCUCAGCCACCCUCGGUUUCGGGCCCGGAAGGCUUGAGGCAGCCCCCGGAUGGGGGUGACCUCUCCAUCAUGGGAACACUAGUUUAGUUAGGCGGUGCUAGUUUGCGAAACGAAAUACAAAUCAAAGAAUUGUGCAGAGGAUACAAAACUAUUUUCAUCAUCACAGAAUUUAGUGUAGGCGCUAUGCUAGGAAUAAGUGAAGCAUCAUUCUUAUAACCAAACAUAUCACCUAAGAGUAGAGUUUAGGGAGCGAAAAUGUGUUUUUCCUCGGUAUCCUUAGAGUUAGCGAUCGAGUGUAGGUUUUUGGUGUUAUUCUACUGUUUUUUUUUGUUUUACAAUAUUAUUUGUUUUUUGAUAAGCUAGUCACAGUAAGAUUUCAUCGCAUUUCAGGAGAUCCGAGAUACAGUUUGCUAAGUUGUGAAAAAUAAAACUAUUUCUUGGCAUCGUUUCACAGAUUUGGAUUGGAACUGAAAAAAUUGAACAGCGAUAUAACAUUUUUGCAUAUUUAUAUUGGCAUCUAGAUAAGAUCUGGCAAUAAAACCGAAGCUACCGAAAU